AGAUGGGAUCUAUGAUGUCAAUUUAAAUGUUAGAAUUUGCGGUUUUUAAUUUGAACUUCGUUGGAAAUGUUCUGUUUGUACGUUUAAAUACAGUUGUAUCAGAAACUGUUUAUUCAGACUGCUGUCGCUUUCUUGAUGGGAGUUACCAUGAAGCGCAUUGGUCUAUUGCGAAUUAUGAUAGAUGCUGCAUUCUAACACACAGUUGCUUUUUACAAGAGGGGUUAGGAAAUGGAGAGUGAAUAUGGAGGUACCUGUGAUCAGACAGAACUGAAAACAUUGCUUAAUGAAUUGGAAGUGUCUUAUAAAAUGCAGGAAAAAGAAGCUAAGUACCAUGUGAUCAAACUUCAAGAAGAGAGCUUAAAAGUGAAACAAAUCCUCUCAAAGAUAUCAUUGGUUGUCAGAUCUGCUGAACAGAAAGGAAAUAUUGAAGAUUAUCAAGCACUUUAUAGAAAGACUAUCGAGGAACGAGAUGAAUAUAAACUGAAAGCUCACAACCAGUCAUGUGCUAUAAUGAAAUUAGAAAGAGAGCUGUGUAAAAUAAAAAACGGUAUCUUGGACAACAAAAACGUUGGUUCAAAUAGUGCAUCAUAUUUGGAUAAGGAAAUUGAUUUUUUGCAUACAGAAAAUGCCUCUCUCAGAAAUGAACUCAAAUGCCUUAAAAACCUUCUAAAUGAUCAAGAGCGUUUGAAGAAAGAACUGUCUGACAGCAACUUGGAGAAUAUUUCUCUUAAAGAACAGAUUGUGAAUAAACAAACAGAGUUAAUGGAAAUGCAGUAUCAGUUUGACAGUAAACUGAAAAAAGUACAGACAGAAUGUGAACAACAUACAUUAAAUCUACAAAAGAAACUUUCAGAGUGUCAAGAACAACUAACAGAGGCCAAGAUUUCAAAGGAGUUGACAGAGAGUAAUCUGAAGGAGAAAUAUGCAUGUGCAUUGAAUAAAGUGAAAGAAAUGCAGCAGAAGCUUGAGAAAAUAGUUGACGAUAAUGGAAAUGAAGGUAGAUGUAUAGUGGGCUCUCCACCAGACAAGUCUGAAAAUUCGGUCAAGAUGGCAAAUGAAUUUGCUGAAUCAAAUGAUCGUGAACAAACCAAGAUCACCACUGUUAUCACUACUACCAGAAGUAGCAGUAGUACCAUUACUACUACUGAAAAAGUUUUGAAGACCUCUUAUUCAUCAGAAGAUUCCCCAGAGAGGAAUGGUUCAGACAAAAAUAAUAAAAUAAAAUUGAAAAAAGGAGUAGCAGUGUGCCUUUUGGAUGAUGAAGAGCAGCUGGUGGUUAAAGGAGAGGAGAGAUCAGAUGACUGUGAGAAUGAGGAUUUGUCAGAAGAGGAAGUUGAUGAAAUAUGCAUCCUGUUAUGAAACCAACAUAGAAACAGUGCACCAGAAGAAAAUUUAUGUAUUCUGAAGAUGGUUCAACUGAAAGUGCUAUCCUUAUGGAGAGAAAUGUUAGAGCAUGUGCAUCUCGCUACAAUGGAUAACAUUUUUCCCUGUAUGCAUGCACCAGUGUGUGUGUGUGUGUGUGUGUGUGUGUGUGUGUGUGUGUGUGUGUGUGUGUGUGUGUGCGCGCGCGCAUGUAGGCAUGUGUUAUUAAUUUACCAUAUUACCAUAUGGUAUUAUGAAUAGCUUCAAUAAUGAGGCUGAAUUGAUAAUGCAGACCAUUACAGAAUAUUGUCACUCAUGUCAGAUAAGAGACAGAAGACACAUACUGAUACAUGCUGCAUGAUAAAGAGUGAUGUAGAUAAUGAACAAGUUUAGACACUGCAGAGAAGAAAGGGGGAGGGAGAGAGAGAGAGAGAGAGAGAGAGAGAGAGAGAGAGAGAGAGAGAGAUAAUGCAGAGAUAAUAUAAAUUUGCUUAUGCUGCAUCAAGAAUUAAUUUUAAAGAACAAAUCGUAAUAAUCCUAAAUAUGUAUCAAUGCAGAAGUUAGUACUGGUGUGUUUGUUAACUACCUGCCCCAGUGGACAGCUUUUGUGUCAGAAAUAGCACAUUAAAAAGUCAGAUGUGUUACAAAUUUGAUAUUUGAGCCAUAAGAGAACACUAAAACAGUUGUUGUAAUCUAAUUUUUAAACUAAUCAUGUCCAUGUAGACAUAUUUGUCUUAUUUUUGAUGACAGGCGCUUACAUUCAAAACAACCCUUUUGUUUGUGAAGGUUCUGUUUCUUUCAUUCCUUUCUUGUAGUUCAAAAUGACAAGUUUCUCUCAAAUGUUAUGAAAUGGAAAUUCCAUGAUGAAGAUUGGCAAACUUAAAAAACACACAAACUUGGUAGUUUUUUCUAGUUAAAAACAAAGCUUUCUUCUAACCAAAGUUUGGUUUGAACACUGUAGGCCCCUACUAGAUAUGGUAUUUGAACUCUGAGUAAUGUGCAACUUGGCCUUUGUCAUAUUAACAAAUCAUUGACAGAGGUGAAAGAAACAAGACUUGACAGAAUAGGUCUGAGGAUUGAAUCAUGGAUUUUUGGACAUACUUCUAGUUUUGUACAUCGAAGAACAGAAGUCUCCCAUCUGCAGCUGUGGUAACACUAACCGUUGGAUGAUUGCCAGGGUAGCUGGGUUAGGCAGAUGGCUCUUCGCAGCAGUGGCUAAAUGUAGGUUAGAGAGGUAAAGGACAGAACAGUGUUGGGAUGGAAACAGAUGAUGUGCUGCAAGGGGAAGUUGUCUCCUAAAGAGCUUGAGGUAGCAAUUGCUGAGGGAGGAGGGGGAGGGGGGGCGGAUUCUUAUGACGUUCUUAUUUAAGUAGCUGUUAGCACUCAGGUUUUGUGGCUUGCAACGUGUCCAGCAACUAGGUUGUUGACCUCACUGUAACUAUUUAUGUGGGAAAGAAAUGGUAGUAUGAAGUAGGUGUUUUGCUAGACAGUGGUAAGAGGCCUCCCUAGUCCUGAGCUAGUGAUGUUAGGAGCACAGACCAGGUAAUUGGUGUCUUUAAGUGCAAGGUUCAGUCAGGUGAUACAUUAGAAUACUGCUCCUUCCUCAGGGAUGAUAGAUCGGUGAAAGUUACGAGAGCUAGUCAUGAAGUUUUAAUUAUUACCUCAAAAAUAAAUUUAUGGAAUUAAUUUUUUUUACUAUUUUUGGAUAUAUAUGUGCAGUCCGUGUACACACUGAAAUCCUCACUGUACUGUAGAAUGCUGCUAGAGUAGCCAAAACGGAAUGAUACAGCAUGUCUCCAUCAUUCAUUUGGUUUUGACUCCUCUAGUGGCAUGCUAAAGUACUAUGGUGUAGUGAUUUCGCAGUGUACCGGGGCUGCAGUUAUGUAUCAGAAAACAGACAAAACAUUAAUUACUUAUAUCAUUCUUUCAAAAUAAUAAAUAAAAUUUUGAGUAACCCUUAUAAUAGAGAAGAGCAGGUGUCUUGGACCCCAGGAGAAGAGGGACACAUUAGUAGUUAGAACAAGCCUAGACCAAAGAAAGAAAGAAAGAUUACUGAAGACAUAAAAUGAUUACCAAAUAUCAAAAUAAAUUACAGGCAAAAAUUGCAGGCAACGCUCAGGCAGAAUGAAAGAUGAUGUCAGAAAGGCGGUUAAUUGCAUCAAGAGGAAAAUUCAAUCAAGAAAACUGUUGUAUUAUGAGACAGAAUUACUGACCAGUACCCAUACCUUCAGGCAUGUGGGGGGGGGGGGGGGG